AUGGUAUUCACUGAAACGAAACCACGUGGGCCAAUCUCGGCUAUGAAUUCAACACCGGGUCCAGUUUAUCUAUUGCCAGGUUUAGUCGGAAGUAAUGCUCAUGAUCCACGUUCAGUUCAUACCAAACAACCAGCAUAUUCCUUCGGUCUUAAGCAUGGUAAAUAUAAAGAUGAAGCAUCACCUGGUCCAUGUUAUUUUCCAAAUCCAAAAAUCUCUCGAACUGGUAAAGAUGGAACACCACAUUAUUCACUUUAUGCUCGACGUGGUGAUCUUAAAGGUGAUCUUAACCCUGGACCUGGUGCGUAUAAACCCGAGGAUGCAGGACCUAUGAAAACUGUCUUUCAAGCUCCUCCUGCUUAUACAUUUGGUACACGUCACAAAUAUUUCGGACUUGAUAAUACACCUGCACCAAAUGCAUAUGGUCUGCCUGGCAUGUUAGGUAAAACAGUUCAAAGUGUAAAGAAGCAAGCACCCAUUUAUACAUUAACUGGACGAAGUAAACGUGGUGGUUUUGAUGAAGAUCUACAACGAACACCAGGACCAGGUGCUUAUAAUGUUGUGAAACCGGGUACAUAUAAACAAGAGCCACCACAUUAUAGUAUGAUAGCUAGAAAUGAAAUGCCUGGUGAUACAACUCAAAAACCAGGACCUGGUAAUUAUUCACCUGAAAAAGUUUGGCUUCAUAAACAACAAGCACCUGGUUAUUCUUUUGGUAUACGACAUUCGAUGUAUGAAGCACCACUUAUUGUCGAAGUCAAAGAAUAA